AUGAAGUACAUAAGAAAAACACAAAAUCAAGAUAUUACUGAAAAAGAAAUAUAUAAACUUUUGAUUUUAUUAAGAGACUGCGAUACAAAUUUGCAAACACAAAUUAUCUUGGCGUUGGGAUCUGUUUUAUUCAGGAAUAAUAAACAACGCGAAAUAAUUAUAAAACAUGAUCCAUUAUAUGAAACAUUAUCAAAAUAUUUAAACAAAGGCCAACAAAUCGGACUGACGCUUAAGUUUAUAUCAGCAUUGCUAUACAUAGAUAUGAAGGAAGGACCGACGAGACGGAAAUCUUUAUAUAUAUAUGGCCAGAAUAUGAUAAGGAUUAGUGGUUGUCUUUCUGCUCUGCGCAUUCUCUUUGUGUCUAUGAUGCAACGAGAGCUGUGGAUUGCAUUGUGCCGUUGUCUCGCUGAUGUCUGUCGUGGUUGUGUCCUGAACCAGACCUUUUGUUCGGAUCUUAUCCCUAUGUGCAUCACGUUUUGUCGUCGUGAUACAUUCGUAAUAGUCUUCUUACAAAGCUUGCUAGAGGGACAUGAAAAAAACAAUCGCUUGUUUCACCUAAACAAUGGAAUGUCGAUAUUUACAAGGGAAUCGAUGUAUAACACGCAAUAUUUACAAUUAUUGAACACAGUUAUAGAAAACGUAACGGAAGAUGGUAAUAAUUUUUAUCCCAUAUCCACGUCCACGCCCAAAAGAGAUCGAACACUAUCAACAAUAACAAAAAUCUACGAAAACAGAAAGAUUACUAAGCGUCCUAAAAAAUACAAAGUACCAAAUAAAGUCAAUCGUUCGCUUAGCAUAAAAUUUCUCGACGUUGUUAAUAGUUCCUGUACUACAAUUAUUAAAAGCAUAAAAAGUGUGUUCACACGAAACACCUCAGUGAAACAAACCGUAAAUGAAAAAUGCGGGAGUUUCACGGAAUAUAUGAGAAUUAGGGACCAAUAUUUGAGUGAUAUAAGUAAAAGUUCGCCAGAUGUAAAAUCUUGUAUGACCUGCAAUGAUACACUCCUACUCAAAGAAAAAUUGGUAUCUGACGAUUGCUUGAAAGUAACCGUAAAGAAGCUGAAACAUGGCAUUAACAUGUUCGGCUGCGAUUUUAAGAAAAUAUCCAAAACAUUUUGGCCACACAAACAAUGCAUGACACCGGCUGUACUUUAUAAUUUAUACCGGAAGCUAUUAAUUAAAUAA